GCCUAAGAGCGCGGCGGCUUUGAGGGCGCGGGAGUCGUACCGUGUGCUGACGGGGGCAGGCAAGAGGGUGGGAAAGCCGGCGGGAGCGGAGGGCGGCGCCGGAGGAGGGCGGCGCGUGGCUGACUCAUCCCUCUGGAAGAUCAAACUGACGGAGACAAACCCUCGUCAGACCCGCCCGCGCCGCCCCGCCUCUGCCGGGAGGCGCCCGCCCGCACCGCCCACCCGCCCUCUCCCCGCCCGGCAGCCUUGGAGAAAGUUUUUCUUGCGGGAGGGACCCGAGCCGCCGCGGGCCCUUCGGAAGGGAAGGGGGACAGGAAAGGAGGCGACCGCCACGCGGGCCCGGGGAGUGCAUGGUGCCGGGCGCCUCGGCUGCCAGUCAGGAGGACAUCGGGGCGGGGUCGGGCUGAGCCGAGCUCCUUCUUCCCCCUGCCUCGCCAGAAAUCGCUGUCCCGGACUGCCGCGGGGGUCCCCGCUCCUCAGCCCGCCAUGUCCCGGCUGCUGCCGCUGCUGAGGAGCCGGACCGCGCGCAGCUUGAGGCCGGGCCCGGCCGCCGCGCCCCGCCCGCCGUCCUGGUGCUGCUGCGGGCGGGGGCUGCGGGCGCUCGCGGCCCCGGGCGGCUCUCGGGGGCUGGGCACCCACCCCAAGAAGGAGCCCAUGGAGGCGCUGAACACGGCGCAGGGCGCGCGCGACUUCAUCUACAGCCUGCACUCCACCGAGAGGAGCUGCCUGCUCAAGGAGCUGCACCGCUUCGAGUCCAUUGCCAUCGCCCAAGCAUGCAGAUAUCCCAAACCUGAGAUUGCCAUUGUGGAGCGAGCGAAGAAGGUAUCAUCAGCGGAGACCCCUGAUAGUUUUGAAAAAUUGGAAGCUCCACCACCCACGCCAGGACAGCUGAGAUAUGUAUUCAUCCACAAUGCGAUACCUUUCAUAGGGUUUGGCUUUUUGGAUAAUGCAAUUAUGAUUGUUGCAGGAACCCAUAUUGAGAUGUCUAUUGGAAUUAUUUUGGGAAUUUCAACUAUGGCAGCUGCUGCUUUGGGAAAUCUUGUGUCAGACUUAGCUGGACUCGGACUUGCAGGCUACGUUGAAGCUUUGGCUUCCAGAUUAGGCUUGUCGAUUCCUGAUCUUACACCAAAACAAGUGGACAUGUGGCAAACACGUGUUAGUACACAUUUUGGCAAGGCUGUUGGGGUGACUAUUGGCUGCAUUCUAGGAAUGUUUCCUUUGCUUUUCUUUGGAGGUGAAGAAGAUGAAAAACUGGAAACGAAAAAUUAACCCUCUUAGAAUAUCUAUAAAAAGAUGUAAACUAAUGUACCUCAAUGAUUAAAUAUGCUGUCACAACAUUUAGGAAUUAAGACAGUAACAGUGUAUAGAUAUGGGAUCAAAUAACUCAGCAUGUAUUCUGGAAAACACUAACUUAUUGUGGCUUGGUUUUCUUAGGACAUCUUUUUAAAAAAAUGUUUAGUAUCAUUUUGUGUAAAUUGUUGAAAUGCUUUUUCAUCAAUGACAGCAUUUUACCUUUUUCUUUAUAUAUCAAAUUAUCAUGUAAGUAUCAGUCAUUAAUGUACUGUACCGAGUUGGGGUUUGCCUAUCUGUUACUUCAUGUGUGUGCAUGCAUGAAAGGGUCUUCUGUUGUGGCUGUUGUUCUCUACUUACAAUUCAACCUUGAGACUCUUUCCCAAACUACUUAAGAUAUUUACCGUAAGUUAAAUUCUUUUUACUCUAUUUACCGUAAGUUAAGUUCUUUUUACUCUAUUUGACAACACCAAUUUUGUACUGUUUUACAGUAAACAUUUGCAAUCAUAUAAUUUCAGUCACCUUUUUAACUCAUUCUAUUCAAGAUAGACGCACACUUCCCAAGUAUUUUAAGUAUCUGUUACUUAUUUUAAUUUUCUGACCUCACUGUCUCAAGAGCCAGAGGUUAAUCAGAAUGAGUAAUUAUGUGAUGUCCCUCCUACAUAAAACCACAAAUGUUAAUAAGUGUGUUUUCAGUUGAUGUUUUUUUAAUCUUUACUGUCUCAAUUUUAAAUCAUUACGUGGUAGUUUCUAACUCCUUAGGGGAAGAAAAUGAUUAUUUUAGGGUCUUUUAUAAAUGAGGAGUAUGGAAUUAGGUAAAAUAAGGGGUUUGACGUGACACUUGGAAAUUAAGAGUGAAGAAAAUAACAUUUUUUUAGAGAAGAAGAAAAUGGAACUGUCGAGAAGGCUUACAGUAUAAGCAGUGAAGUUGUGGUGGUUAGAGGGUUAAUGAGAUACAAAUUAUAUUGUUUGGGAUGGAUUUCUUUUUCCCCAAAGUGUCUUCUCACCUGAUUUGAAUGAAUCUGAGUACUCCACACUCAUAAUCCUGAUGUCUUAUCUCAUUUAGUGAAUUUUAUUUCUGGAUAACUUACUUUGAGCUGAAAACAUAUAUUUUAUAUUUUGCUUUUUUGCUAUGAAUAGUCUAGUUGUCAAAAGUUAUGUGAGGAGAAAUCUUUUUUUUUGUCUUUUUUCUUCUUUUUGAUGUUCAAAUAAUAGUCUAGGUUGAAAUUACUUAUGUUCAGCCUUCCAUAUCUGAGAUAUAUAGUAUAACUAUGAAUCAUAAAUUUUAAUUUUGUGAACCUUUAAGUUUGUUAGCAUAUGGCCUGUAACAUACGCUAAAAAAUUACUGUUACUUGUAAGAGUAAACACCUCAUGGAGGAGAAAAACUGAAGUUAAAAUUACUGUUUGGGCCACUGAAAUUAUUUAUAUUGCUAAAUAGAUACAAAAGAAGGGAAGCGUCUAAGAUGGCUGUAUUUACUGCUACUUCCUUUGAAGUGUUAUUUGCACAUAUUUACUUUGACCUUGUAUUUUCAGAGGGGCUGUUUUUUCCCCACAAGGCAGUUGGUCACAAAUUAUGCUCUGUGAUUGUCAAAAUAAUUUAAAGCUAUCCUUUCAUCAUAGCUUUUUGAGGGAAAAGAAGAAAAUAAAUCACAUAAAAAUAAAUAUAUAACAUUCUUAUUAUGUACAAAUAAUACAGCAGUCUCAUUUGAUCAAAUUAGAAUUACAGAAGUCGACCCCUUAAACAGAAUUGUGGUUUUAUCUUCCACCUAAUACUACACACACACCAAAAAGAAUUUAUUACUUUAGCUGAUAGGAUUCGAGUGCUUAUUUAAACACUUUUGGGGGGAGGAAUAAGCGUUUAAGUGCUUUUGUUCCUAACUUGUAUAUUGCCAGUCCUUUCUGUUUUCUAAAAAGUAUUUUGUUGUGGUGCUUAAAUUUUCUUCUUAUUAAUUAAAUCCCAUAUCCAGAAACCUUGCCUGUGAGUGGAGAAAGGGCUUUUGAUGACUGGUUUCCACUUUUUGCUCUUGAAAGUAGUCCUACAGAAGCUUCAGUUUAGCUGAAAGUCUGCAGAAUUAUUUAAGGGUCAAAACAUAGUAUAUACAUCCUUCAUGUUGAAAGAUCUUUUCAUUUAUGGAUGUAAUAAAAAUUCAAAUCAUUCAGAUAAUUAAUUUUUUUUAAUGUAGCCCUUUUGUCCUUAAGUACACAUCUUUUCAAGAUCUUAGUCUGUGUGAGUAUUGGUGCUUUGCACAAAGUGGCUUCUGAAGAAAUGGUUCCCUUUAAGAUAAUGAUGUCAUAAAAUCAUUGUUUCAUGGUACCUGUCACAGAUAACCUUAUUUCAGAUUGAAACUGGAAUCUUGUUUCUCAUAUUAGCUAUUUCUUUGUUGGAGGCACCAUAACUAUAGUUAAAUGGAACAUGAGCUGCUUCAGUACUGUUUGUUUGAAAAUUAUGUUGUCUGUGUAUUACAAUUUAUUGACCAUGUUGAUGCAUGUAAAUUGGGUGCAUUUUGUUGCCACUGUAUGUUAAAUGGUGACCAAUGUUUUUACAAAGGAAUUGAAAAAAAAUAUCUUUUACGAAAUUUGGAA